AGCUAUUGAAUUGAUUCAAGCAAGCAUUGCGGAAUAUGUCUUUCUACUAGACUUUUUUAUUUUUCUAAUCAUUUACCUUUUAUACAAUUUUUAUUGGAUUUUGUUGUUCUUUAAUUUUGCUUGGUUGUCGGUUUCCACAAAAGACAUCAAUUGAAAGCAUGGAAACAACACCAGUGUUUCGUCCUCGCCAUCUACAAGUCAAAAUGCCCAGGGGAUUGCGCGAACUGAUGGCCGACAUGUCUCGCGAAGUCUUACGAAACCAACCCGACCCCAGUAACAUCCACAAGUUCUUAGCGGAUUAUUUGGAUUCCCUAGCAACAAUCCGAACCGUGACCUGGAUCACAGAUAAUAUCACGUCCGAUGUGAAGACACUUAGCCAAAGAGCAAUGCAAAGACUCAUCGAUAAGGACUUGCAAAUUGAAGACAAAACCGCUGGUUUCAAAAUCAUCCAGGACUCUCUGCGAAAGUUCUGCUUACACCUUGUUGGAAGUUCAGUCGCCGAAACUCGCGAGAAAUGCAUCAACGAACUCGUUGAAAAUCUCAACUCCAUCUCGGAUAGUGCAAAAAUGGAGGGAUACGUUCGAAAUUUAUUUAAAUAUGUGUUUAAUGUAUUUCUGGAACAGUAUCUAAAAAAAAUGGAAUCCUGCAACAAACCAGCUAUGUUCAAUUGGUGUAAGCACCGUGAGAAGAGGCUCACCAUGAGGAUCCUGUCAGGGGAGCACACCGUUCACGAGUACAAUAUUCACGACAGGAGCUUUAUUGAAGAUCUUAGGCAGCAAGUCACAAAUCUAUUUUAAUUUCCUAGAUACAGUGUAAUAACACGUUAUAAUUACUGAAUAAACUGAUAACUACUUCUUAGAUAGCA